AAAACAGUGAGCACGCUAUUGCUUCUCGAACCAAACGAUGACAAUAUUUGUGGGUUGGUUGCGUGCAUAUUUGUCCUAAUCCUUUUCCUGCAUCACUCAUAAAGAAUUUUCUCUUUAUUAUUUACACUCCCACUUUCUCUCUCCUCUUUUUUCAUGCUUUGUCUCUAUGUAUUCACUAUUCAACUGAGAACUCUUUAAUAUAUAGUACAAUGUGCCAAAAUAUUUGGCCAUUAAAGCCAAGAUUGCCAUUAACCACCUCCUCCUCGUUUCUCUCUCUUCUCUUAUCUUCAUUUGUUCUUUCAGUCUUUUGUAUAUUUGUUUUCUCAAUAGCUUCAGUCUUGAGACCACAACAAUUAAAAGCUUUGCUCUUGUGAGGAAAAGACUUUGUGGGCUUUCAUUAGUUUAAGCUUGGGUCAAGCAAAUCACUAUUUAAAUUGUUAUUUGUUAAAAAAAAAAAAAGAAAAUGGAGGACUACUCGAGAAAAGACGAGCACGGGUGUCAUCAGUUUCUUGAACUGAUUCCACAAGAAAGAGAAGGGCUUUUUGGUAAGAGUUCAGAGUUUCAAAGCCAUGGCCUUUCAGAAGAUCAAAAGCUUGAGCUGAGCCUUGGUCCACCAGGCGGCGGCUGGACCCAAACAGACGAUAACAGCUCCCGGAGAAACCAACACUUUGUAGAUUUCGGAUGUUUCCCUAACAGAUCUCCAUGGCAAACCCAAGCCACAAAAACUCAUCUUGCUGUGACGAAUGAGCCGUCACAGCCCAGUGGCAAUAGAGUGGCCGCGGAUUUGAAAAACCCGGAAAAGAAGGCCUUUUCUCGGUCACCUGCAAAUACAGCUGUGCCUAAUAAUGCUAGCGGUGCUCAGAAAAGGACUGCCCCUACUCCAGUUGUGGGAUGGCCUCCCAUUCGUUCGUUCAGAAAGAAUCUUGCAAGCGGAAGCUCGUCUAAAUCAGCCUCCGACCCAAAAAAUGAAAAAAAUUGUGAUGGUAAAUCGGUUGAAAUUCACCCGAAAACUCUGUUUGUGAAGAUCAACAUGGAUGGGGUACCAAUUGGAAGAAAAGUCGAUCUUAAGGCUUAUGAUAGCUAUGAAAAGCUCUCAUAUGCUGUGGAUGAGCUAUUCAGAGGCCUUCUUGCAGCGCAAAGUGAUUUUUCAGUUGAGGAGGAAAAGAAAGUUGCGGGAGGACUACUGAAUGGAAAUCGGGAAUACACGCUCGUUUAUGAAGACAAUGAAGGUGACAGGAUGCUUGUUGGGGAUGUCCCGUGGCACAUGUUUGUUUCAACCGUCAAGAGGCUCCGUGUGUUGAAAAGCUCUGAACUACCGGCAUUCUCUCGUGGAAGCAAACGGGGGAAGCAAUUAGCGGUUGAUGAUGCUUCUGCUAAGUAAAAAUGUGUAGCCUCUUGUCUAUUAUUGUGCAUGAGAUGGAUAAGAUUUUUCUUGUAAUGCUGUUCCUAAUUGCUUGUAUGUAAACUUGUUUUGUUCUUGAAUUUGGACCUUUUAUGGAAAUAGGAACUUUUAAGUAAUUUGCAUAAUUGCAUGUUCAGAUCAGCUGCAAAAUUUGGGGUUUGUUAUUGCAUUCGUCUACUGUUUUCUCGAAUGUUCUUCAGUUGGGAAGUGUUUUGAUUGCGGUGGAUAUGUUUUUUACUUGGAGUAAGAUGAAGUUGCAAAAUUCAAAUUUAGUGAUUUUCCAGAAUACCUUCCAAUCUCAAACGUAAGAANAAAA